AUGCAUCGAAGACUUUGCUGUGGCAAAUAUUUUCCAGCUCUUAAAAUGAUUAUGGACCACAAAAAAACCACUCACCCUCGUCAAAGAGAUAUCCAAAAAACCUCCUCAACACAACCAAUGUUUAUGCCUCCACCAACACCUAUUCCUCCAAUUCGUUGUCAAGAUAAUGUUCAAAAGAUGAUCUCAAUACAGUCAGCAACUAUACCUCCAACUGCUACAGAUACAGAGUUUUUGCUGCAUUUGACCAGUUGCUAG